UGUGCGGGUGAGUGCGCGGAAGCAGCUCCACAAAAACACUCCACACUUUACACUCAACACUCACUCCAGCCAUGUCGAUCCGUGUGCGCUCGUGACGGUGUUCAGUGAGCGCGUACGUGUGAGAGCGUCAGUGUGACGGGAGUCAGGACAGACAUGCGCGCCCUCGCGGCGGGGCUGCUGUGGACCGCGCUGGGCCUGUUGCACUGCGCCCGGUGCUCGGUGCUCCAAAGACACGCUCCAGCAGACCCUGGUGAGUUGACCCUGACCGCUGCAGAGGCCAGUUCGUUCCUGUCUCGCUCUCUGCUCUACAACAGCUGGGACUUUGAGCUGGUGGUGCAGGGGAACCUGGAGCGAGAGUGUAUGGAAGAAGUGUGCAGCUAUGAGGAAGCGCGCGAGGUCUUCGAGGACCCCACCCAGACGGAGCUCUUCUGGAAGACGUACGCUGCAGGUUAUGCUCCUAAAGUGGACGUGUCAGGUCUGGUGGCAGGGAUCAUGGCUCUUUUGGUCACUGCGGUGAUCGCCACCGUCCUGGGAGUGUACUGCUACAAGGCCCGUCACAAGACCGGACGAGGACAAGCUCCGGUGAGGUUGGCUGGAGACGGGCGUCCAGGUGCAGAGAUGGUGCCCCUGGCGGGGGUCACGGUGCCAGGCUUACCCAGCUACAACGAGGCUCUGACCAGGAGUGGGCAGCACGACGCGCCCCCUCCCCCGUACUCCGGGGGGGCGCCGUCGGAGCUGGGGCAGGACGCAGGAGCAGAGGGGGGCAGCUAGAGACGUGCUGGAGCGUCAGAGCGCCGCCUGCAGGCUGCUGCUGCUGCUGAACGACUAUUUAUUGGAGUUUCUUGUGGCAGAGGUGUGGGUUCUACUCCCGCCUCUGGUGUUCCUAUGUCCUGCGCGUGUCACUGUCACGUGUGUCAAAUAAAGUCCAUUUGUGUCCACUGUC